AUGCGCACCGUCGGCCCCCUCCUCGCUCUCACGGGUAGUCUUGCCCUGGCAUCCACAUGCGCCGCCCGACCUUGCUCGGAAUGGCUCGCCUCCUCCUUCGUUGCCCGUAAUGCCCUCGUCACCAGGCACCAUGACCCGGCCGUCCUGUACGGAGGCAUCGCCCGCGCCGCCGUCCACGUCCGCAACGACACCCUGCUCCGCGUGCUCGAGGGCUGGGACCCGGAGUAUUACUCCCUCGACGACAUCCGCAUCGGCAACAACCUCCUCUGGCUCUACCAGCGGCUGCCGGGCUACUUUGCCACGCUGGCGGACGGCCUGGAGAGGAGCCAGGACGACGGGGGCGGGUGUUGGCUGAUCAUGAACGAGGGCGUCACGGCCAUGUUCUCGUACGGCCUGUUGCGGGGCGUGCGACGCGGGCUCCUCGAGGAUAAGUACGAGGGCGUCGGGUUGAAGGCGUACGGUUUGCUGACCAGCGACUUCAUCCGGGACGACAAGAACGGGUACGUCAGCUUCAUGGGCACUUACUAUACCAGCAUCCCGGUGGUCGAAAAUGACGCCCGUGGCGGAGGUGCGUUCUUGUUCGCGGCGAUCGAGGCGGAGCAGGCGUAG